AUGGCGGCGACAGUGCCACCUACAAGGUGGCAGAACACCGCUGGAACGCCACUGAAUGGCAACCAACGGCGGUUAUGGCCUCAAACAGCUAGAAGGGAUAAAGGAGGUGAAAGAUGGCCUCACCGCGAGCAUUCCAAUCGCACUCGACUUGCGUCUACCGGUCACAGUUCUGACUUCGUUCUUGGUAGGGUUUCUUCGUCUAUUCGCGACUUCACCGGAGCAGCAGAGGAGGUGACGAUGGCAUUCAAUGACAAGGUGGCGGAGGCUAGAGCGGUUGCGUCUGGCAGUCUUGCUCGAUCGGAAAUGGGAACGAAGUGUGCGGCUGGAGAUUUGACGAACGGCAGAAGGGAGAUCUGGAGAUGGUGGCGUCUGUAA